GUCGUGAAGUUUCUCGUUGACCAUGGUGCUAAUGUGGAGAUUCCAAAUCGUCAUGGACACACCUGUUUGAUGAUCAGCUGUUACCGUGGUCAUAAUCGAAUCGUCGAGUACCUGCUGAGCAAAAAAGCUCGGGUAAACAGGCGAAGCGCCAAAGGUAAUACCGCUUUACACGACUGUGCUGAGAGCGGAAAUCUACGAAGUCUCCAGUUACUGCUCGAGCAUCGUGCGAUAAUGCGUAAAGAUGAAUACGGGCAAUCGCCUAUCAUGUCCGGAGCUAACGCAGCUUACAAAAAAGUGGUGGAAUAUCUGGCUGCUCUUAGUGAUUCAUUGCCUUGUCAGGCUUCCGAUUCAUUGGCUAUUAGUGUUCAUGAGAAAAUAGCGGCUUACGAAUUGCUCGGUGCGAGUCUCUUUGAUCGACAUUCUCUUGUUCAAGAUGCCAUCACCGCUUGGUUUCAAGCCUUGAAGCUUCGUCAAGAGGUUGGAUUGGAUCCCAAAUGUUUGAUUCCUCCUAUUCCAUCGUGUCCAUGUCACUCGGCGGGGUCUUCUCUUCCGACGUUGCCUAUCGAACGCAUCGAUACUAAUAUUUCUAACAAUAAUAAUAAUAGCAACAGUAGAGAUGCUUCAAACGUGAAUGCAAACAGUUGGCCUUUCGUGAGCCUGGCUGCCCGAGAAGCGCUAGCGCUCACCGAAGCCUUGCGUGAUCCGAAUCGGUAUCGGUUCACGACUCGCACAGAUACAUUGUGCACUACGUGUUCUGAAGCUGUACAUACCGACCCGGUCGAAUUCGAAUCUGAGAAAGAUAUGCAUAUUUCCGGAGAUGCCUCAGUCGUGUCCAACGAUUUAUACACUCGUAAGACUUCCAGUCUUCGAUCAGAGUUAUACUUUGCUUAUCGUCUGGAAUUGCAACGUGUUAUGGCGCAGUCCUCACAGACUCAAACAUUAUCUUCCGAACCGGGUUCCUCAAGGACAGCUUGUUCUUCCUGCUUUAUGUCCAACUCCAAUGCAUCAGCCGACCACCAGAAUCAUUCGGUCCCAUCGUCGGUUUCGACACAUUCCCCGCUGGCUCCAAUUCAAGUUUCUACCCCUGCCGAUCCCCUCUUGGGUGAAGAGCCACUGUGUUGGGAAGCGCCUCGUUGUCGCCGCUGGUCUCUGGAUCGCACACUUACGUGCCCUACUGUGAGUACUCACCCUCUCUCCAGUGGUCUCCAUCGCACCAAAGAUUGUUCACGGCCGUUCAUGCGACCAAAUCGGUGCCAACACUGUGGCCAAUUUACAGUUCGUCUUGGACAUGGAAUUCGACGCCAAAUCCGCGGUUUGUGUACACCCUGCAUUCUGAAAUCAGAAGUUCAGGGUAAGUUUGGCAACGCUUUUCUUAAAUUGAUCUAUUCCUCUGGCGUUUGCUAA